AUGAAUUACAACGAAAGACAGAGUCCGCAAUCAAAAUGGGAUAAUCAAGAGGCUUAUUAUCAUUGGUACCCACUUUUAUCAAUUAUUGCAAGCAAAGAAUUGUUCGGUGACCAACUAAGCGCUGUCGGUCGACUGCUAAUCAGCGUAUCGGUCAGUCACGCUGAUUUUGAAGUCUAUGACGCCACAGGUUUAACAGUAACUGAAAUGGUGGCCAGCAGUAUAGACGACAGUGUGAACAGUAACAACACAGCAUGUCUGAAUACGAUCUGGACACGAGAUUUGAGGUUGAUGAUUUCGGCGAAUAUUGCCGACAAGAAGUCGAAAUCCAGCAAUAUCAGUUUGAGCGUUCAAAAAGAAGAAGAUUUUAGUGAAAUCGACUCUCAAAAUGACCGCUUGGGUAACAAAGACUAAUGUAUUAUACCAGGGGCAAACAGAUGCCAUACACGACCCAAUAAUCGGUCAAUCACCAAUAAAGGUAUAUUAGUUAUGUGUUUACCAUUUCUUCCUCGUUACUAUAAAAGGAACACGGCAUCAAUAUUUCUUUUAAUAAAAUAAUGUGCUAUUUUAUUCGCAAAUUAAUAUUCAAAUAAGCAUACCACA